AUGGGCUUUAAUGGAACAUCUCCGCUGCUAGACCAGAGGGGAGAGCUCAGGCCUGAGGAUUUCGGAGCAAUUCGGGAGUUAUCCAUGAACCCCAUCGGAGACAGAAUCAUCAGUGCCUUUUUCUCUCCAGGAAAGGAAACGGUGGACUUUGCCUCCUUUGUUCGGAUUCUGGCUCAUUUUCAUCCCACAGAAACAAGCCGAUCCAGAGACGGAGUACAGCCGGAGCCGGCCAACAGCAGGACCAGGAAACUCAAAUUUGCUUUCCAGUUGUAUGAUCAGGACAGAGAUGGAAAGAUUUCGCGAGAAGAGCUUCUUCAGGUGCUGCGGACGAUGCUGGAGAUGCAGGUAACGGAGGAGCAGCUGCAGAGCAUCGCCGAGCGAGCCAUCCAGGAAGCCGACCUGGACCAAGAUGACGCCAUCUCCUUCGACGAGUUCAGAAAGUCACUGGAGAAAGUGGACAUCGAUCACAAGAUGAGCAUUCGCUUCCUGAGUUAAAGACACGGCAUCAGUCAUCUUGUUGUCUUUCUAAAUCCUGCUAGAGGAGA